GUACGUAAAGGCAACACGUUGUCUCUUGUGUAUGUGGCAGAGCGGUCCGACAACAACGUGUCCGCUAUCUCAAAGGUCCGGUCUGUCAACGUCGAGAAGAGAGGCUUUCAUCUCAUAACGCCAGUUUGAAGGUCCCCAUGUUUCCAAGGCUCGCCUUGUGCUCCCGGCUGCCAUCCAGGAGCUGGCAGUCCACUGUCAGAGGAUACUCUCAAACCAAGUUCCCUCACAGCCAUGGAAGGGCCCUGGUCCACAGGAGUGAGUUCAGGCAGGCCAGGCGCAUCGUGGUGAAGCUGGGCAGCGCUGUGGUGACGCGUGGCGAUGAGGGAGGACUGGCCCUGGGAAGACUGGCGUCUAUAGUGGAACAGGUCGCCGUGCUGCAGAACCAGGGGAGGGAGAUGAUGAUCGUCACCAGCGGAGCCGUGGCGUUCGGCAAGCAGCGUCUGCGUCACGAGAUCCUGCUGUCCCAGAGCGUCAGACAGGCCCUGCACACCGGACACAAUCAGCUGAAGGAAAUGGUGAAGGCCAUCCCGGUCUUGGAGGCGCGCGCCUGUGCUGCUGCUGGACAGAGCGGCCUGAUGGCUCUGUAUGAGGCCAUGUUCACCCAGUACAGUACCUGCACUGCACAGAUCCUGGUGACCAACCUGGACUUCCAUGAUGAGCAGAAGCGGCGUAACCUCAGCAGCACGCUGCACGAGCUGCUGCGGAUGAACAUCGUCCCCAUCAUCAACACCAACGACGCCGUGAUCCCGCCCCCGGUGCCCAACAGUGACCUGCAGGGGGUAAAUGUCAUAAGCAUCAAGGACAACGACAGCCUGGCUGCCCGGCUUGCUGUGGAGAUGAAAGCCGACCUCCUGAUCGCUCUGUCUGACGUUGAAGGGUUGUACGAUAGCCCCCCGGGAACGGAUAACGCAAAGCUCAUUGACAUCUUCUACCCUGGAGACCAGCAGUCCAUCACAUACGGCUCCAAGUCCAGGGUCGGCAUGGGCGGAAUGGAGGCAAAGGUGAAAGCUGCCCUGUGGGCCCUGCAAGGCGGCACGUCGGUGGUCAUCGCCAACGGCACUCACCCCAAAGUGACGGGCCACGUCAUCACGGACAUCGUGGACGGGAAGAAAGUGGGCACCUUCUUCUCCGAGGUGAAACCCGCAGGCCCCACCGUGGAGCAGCAGGCGGAGAUGGCCCGGAGCGGAGGCAGGGUCCUGGCCUCUCUGCUGCCCGAGGAGAGGGGAGAAAUCAUCUUUCGUCUGGCUGAGCUGCUCACAGAGAAAAAGGAGGACAUUCUCAGCGCCAACAAGAGAGAUAUGGACUUGGCCCGGGCCUCAGGCAGCCUCUCUCUGCAGCUGCUGAACCGCCUGAGCCUGUCCACCUCCAAGCUCAACAGCCUGGCCAUCGGGCUGCGGCAGAUCGCGGUCUCGUCGCGGGACAGCGUGGGGCGGGUGCUGCGGCGGACGCGCGUGGCCAACAACCUGGAGCUGGAGCAGGUCACCGUCCCCAUCGGGGUGCUGCUGGUCAUCUUCGAGUCCCGCCCCGACUGUCUCCCCCAGGUGUCCGCCCUUGCGAUCGCUAGUGGGAAUGCCUUGCUGCUGAAGGGAGGGAAAGAGGCGGCCCACACCAAUAAGAUCCUCCACCAGCUCACCCAGGAAGCUCUGUCCAUUCACGGCAUCCAGGACGCCAUUCAACUGGUGAGCACGCGUGAGGAUGUGGAGGACCUCUGCCGGCUGAACAAGCUGAUCGACCUGAUCAUCCCCCGCGGCUCGUCGGAGCUGGUCAGGAAUAUCCAGCACGCCGCCAAGGGCAUCCCAGUGCUGGGCCACAGCGAGGGCAUCUGCCACGUCUACAUCGACUCUGAGGCCAGCAUCGACAAGGCCAUCGACAUCAUUAAAGAUUCCAAAUGCGACUACCCGUCUGCCUGCAACGCCAUGGAGACUCUCCUGAUCCACCGAGAUCUGUUGAGGACCCCGACGUUUGACCAGAUCAUUGACAUGUUGAGAGCUGAAGAGGUGAAGAUCCACGCAGGGCCUAAGUUCGCGUCCUACCUGACCUUCAGCCCGUCUGAGGUGAAGUCCCUGCGCACCGAGUACGGAGAUCUGGAGUGCUGCAUUGAGGUGGUGGACAGCAUGCAGGACGCCCUGGACCACAUCCACAAGUACGGCAGCUCUCACACGGACGUCAUCGUCACCGAGAACGAGGAGACCGCUGAGCAGUUCCUUCAGCAGCUGGACAGCGCCUGCGUCUUCUGGAACGCCAGCACGCGCUUUGCUGACGGAUACCGCUUUGGCCUAGGAGCCGAGGUGGGCAUCAGCACGGCGAGGAUCCACGCCAGGGGCCCCGUGGGGCUGGAGGGGCUCCUAACCACCAAGUGGGUGCUACGAGGCGAGGGCCACACGGUGGCGGACUUCUCGGAGCAAGGCAGCAUGAAGUACCUCCACGAGAACAUCCCCGUCUCCCAAAGGAUCCUGAGCUAAGCCCCCCGAUACCCAAAGCCACUUGCUUUUAAUCACACGUGCCGUGAGAAAUACAUGAAGAUGUUGGUUUGGGUGAGCCAUCAUGAGUGUUAUAAUGCCCCAAUCAGCUGUUCCCAUGAGUUACUGUUCAAUUUCCAAACUGGUAAAUGCCGGUUUUACAAAAACCCUUUUUAGGUAUCUUCAACUAAAUUUUGUACAUUAAAAGACUGCUUUUUAUAUGUAUGAUAUAACUUGAACAAAUCACGGGAAACAGAAAGAAGCUGAUUGAAAGAAAAUAUCUUAAAUAAAUGGACAAUAUCUUUUGGGUGACAAUCACCUACUUAGGAUGCAACGAUACCAACUCAGUAGUUAUCGCUCGGUCAUGCGAGCGACAUGAGGUGUCGUGAGGUUCUCUGGUGCAAGUUUAAUUUCUAUUGAUGGGAGAAACCAGUCGUUUUGAUUCUAUAAAUUAUUUUCUAUUUGCUGAGCCAUUUUUGUAUGUCUUCCUCCUGGCUUCUGUUACCCUCUGUGUGCGUUUUGUUUUGAAUAAAUACUGUACAGUUG